AUGACGACGCUCACCGUCUAUUUUGCUUCGUUACCCGGAUUGUCAACAGCAGUAGCUACACCAACAACAUCAACACUCACCACAGCGAUUCCAAGUAUUCGGCCAAUUCCAAAACUAACACAAUCACUACCGAGAAUACCAUCACAACAUAUAACUUCGCCAAAAACGAACUUAAUGAAUCGUUCGCCGCCGCUCAAUCGAAAGUCUUCGAAACGUAAUAAAACAUUUUUUGAGAGAUUCAGUGAAACAUCAUCCUCCGCGCUCAUAUCAAAUCCUCAAUCUCCACCCCAUCAACAACAAGCACAACAACAACAACAGCAACAGCAAAUAACGGAUGCAUCUAAUCCAUCACUGGAGCCCGCACCACGACUACGUCGAAGAUUUACAUUUCGUCGUAGUCUACGCCAUUCAGUUCACAACAAAGGAGGAGAAACUGAUGAUGGUAUAAGGUCGGUUCUUGUCUGGUUCCGCUU